AUGUUAAAGGUAGUUCUCUUAACAUGGGUUUUAUUUUUCUUCGGUUUCGUUAUUUAUCUAGGCUUCGAGUUUCUUCGCGUCUGGAAAAACGGUCAUUCUAAGUUCCAUACAUUGUUGAGUGUGAUCAUACACUUUCUUCUUAACCGCUUUGUAUUUCGUAUCGGAGCAACCGCGAGAAGAAAGCUGGAAUAUGACACAGGAAACUUUUCCUCUGUACAAGAAGAUUUUCUGUUGAAAAUUCUGAAGAAAAAUUCCAGGACUAAAUAUGGAGAAGAGUUCAAAUUUGGUCGAAUAUCAAACAGGCGUGAAUUCUUAAACUGUCAUCCAAUUACAGACUACGACCAUUACAAGAAUUACGUAGGUAUGUAAAAGCAGUUCUUCUUCCCUACUUUUACAUAGUCAGUAAGAUAUUUACUAUCUGCAUUAAAACUGUAUAUUAACCUUAACAAACAGCUAGUUUUUGCUAAAUUUUGUCACUCCUGAUAAUGUCUCAGGUGGAACUACGCUGAGAAUUCGCUGUAUUCUCAGUUCUUUUUACUAAAGCUGUUCAUACAAAAAUAAUUGCAACAAUAGCAAUAAAAAUAACCCUGUGUAAUUUCAAGUUACUUUUCAGCAAAAAUUUGCAAAAUAAUAUUAUUGACAUUUUUUCCGAUAAAUUAUUUAUUUUUUUAAAAAAAGGUCUUCAAUUUUCGGUGCUUGAGCUUGUACGUGCAUUGUAUAAUUUGUAAUUUGUAAUUUGUAACUUGGUUUACCCACGAAGCAUUGACAUUCCCAAGAGCUGAUCCCUAACACUGAUUUCAGUUGAAAGUACACUUGAGUACCUGGACGUAAAAGUCAAGUGCUACUCAAGUUUGAAAUUUAGUCCCCAUAUGUUCCUUUGAUGCUUAUCCUUAAAAUUGGAUGUUUUUAUAAGAAGGCAAAAUCAGGGAAAAUUCGUGAUAUUUCGUGAAUUUGUGAUGACCUUAGUGCAUUUGUUCGCAACUUGCGGAUAAAUCCGAUCACUAUACUUGUAACCUUUAGAUACGAUAAGUGAAAACAAAUCAGUUUGUGCUAACAACUAACAAACGAAUUCCAUACUAGCGUGCGAUUCUUCAGGCACCGCAGAUCACAGUUCAAGUGGACCGACCAUUUUAAAAUUUUUGUCAUGUUCUCGACAUGCUGUCUACCACACUUGGUUUCCUUCUGAACUAAUCAUGCGUGCGCUAAUGCGUGAUUUCAUGUCGGUUAUAUAAUAACAUAAAAGGACUAUCAUGGCUUCCGAGAAAUUUUCCACCAAACGGUUUGUUAGUUUUGCAAUUUUUUUUUCCCACUUGUUUGCCCGGAGGGGAGGUACUCCUCAGAAUUCUUGGUGGAGGUGUACCACACCCAGUUCUCCAACUCCUGACUUAGUCUAUUUUAUAUUACCAGAUCAUGCCAUUUUCCUUACUUGUUUUUAGACAUCAUGAUGGUUCAUGUCAGAAGCAUAUAAUGUUUCUGUUCAUGUAAACAGGAAACCCCUUUCUUUGUGCAUAUCUAUAUCAUGACAAAUUUAACGUUGUGUUGACAAUCUUUCCCCCGGCUUUCUUGUGGGCUUCCUUGCGGUGGCUCACGCGACAUACAUAUCUAUACAGUUGUUUAGAGAAAGGUUGUCAGAAAAAAGUGUGCACACGACAAUCCCGAAAUGUAAUAUGGGAUAUGAUCAAUACACUAUUCCUGACACUGUAGCUGUCGAACCUACUUUUGUUGCUUUCCUUUAGCACUCGUAAACAUAAGUCCAUGGCCUCUCGUGCCAUUCUUUCGAAUUUCUUGGAAGAACAAUAAAUUAAAAGCCACCCACAAUACCUUUCGGUAUGGUUGCGUGCACUCUUUCAGACAACCUUUCUCGAAAUAGCUGUAUACGCCUGAAUUUUGUCAUCUUAGCUUAGGUUAGAAUGCUAACAAAAUUGUUAAAAUUCUGAUCGAUUGAUAUCUCCUAUUAUUUCUCCAUCUGUUUUAUUCAGUUUGGAGCAUGAGAGGAUAAAGCUUUAUCCUCUCUUGGUUUGGAGUUAAAAGGACAAAUAUGUUUGUACCCCCUCGUAGUUCCCUUGAAAAUCAUACCAGAUUUCAAACCAUAAUUUAAUUGAACAACUUUAGGAAUUAAUAGUAAGUAUUUGAAAAAUAUUUUGUUUUGUUUUGUUUUUUGUUUUUUCAAAAGACAGAAUAGCUAAAGGCGAGAAGAAUGUUAUGACUCAUCAAGAGCCUUGGAUGCUGGCAGUUACAUCCGGGACAACAGGAAAAAGCUGCCUAAUCCCCAAGACACGUGACAACUCCCGCGCUUUUGUCAAGUUCGGUUUCGCUGUUGGUGUUUAUCAUACCAUAUUUGGUGCUCUUCCACAGGUGAGACUAUAAUAGACAAAAACAAUCCUAAGACAUACGAGACAAAAUAAUGGUCUAGGAAGAAUCCGGGGUAUCGGAGCCAAUCAGAAACGGUAGAAUGUCUUGAAUGAAUAGUAGUAUUCAUUUCUGCACUUGAAUAAUGUCUAUGACCUUUUAUUUGAACAAGUGGCGAUCGAUGCCAGCCUUUGGAGAUCCAAGGUUUGGAGUCUGUCUCUUUUGCAGUGAACCCAUUUCACGUCGAACCCCCACUUUCAUAAACACAAUUCAAGUUAGCCCCCAAAUUACGACACGACACAAUUACCAGUAGCUCAGGACACGACGUUUUGUACAGUAUGAAGCACAGACUGUAACAAUUUGCUUCCAUUGUGGAAGAGUCUUCUCAGUUAUGAAACCGUAGAAACCGUAAGAUGAUCGGAAACAUUUUCAAAUUUGUGGGCAAGUGGAAAAGUUCAAAACCAUAGCACAGAAAAGCUCAAAAGUCGAUUUUCUUGCCUCAGUCGAUUUGGUCACCCGUACGGCAGAUUGGGAGAUUUAUGCCGUAUUCGGGAUACUGCCGCAAAAUCCAGGUUAGUUAUUGCGUGCCAGGAGCUACAAGCCCUCCCACAACUCGCCUCACGAUUUCUCUUGCUCACCUGAAAAAACGCGGGGAAAAAAAGCCUGUUCCACACGCUACGUAGAGUCAAUUCUCAUGAUUAAGUCGUAUUUAUUAUUUUCAUUUACAGGCAGACAAUUUACAGAAGUGCCUCAAACUGUUUCACGCCCCUGAAAUAAAGUACUCUGAGGGAGGUAUUCCAAUAGGACCCUCAACAUUAGCCCCUUCUCUUCAGUUCCAUGCCCUCUCUACGCCCCGCAUGCUUCUGGACGUCCCUUCGGUGCCCACAGGACUUUACAUUCAUCUGUUGUUUGCGUUAAGAGACAGAGAUCUGGGCUGUAUAUGGAGUAACUUUACGUAUUAUAUUCACGGAGUGUUUGUUUUUCUGGAGGAGAACUGGAAACUUAUGGUACAGGACAUCGAAAAGGGAGAGAUCAAUCCUGAUCUUGAAAUAACAGAACCUGUUCGAAGGUAAGAAUGAACCAAAGAGUUUAAUUUAUCUCGGUGUCUGCUCUGUUGUUAAUACUGAUUUCCUACAUGUGGGAUGUUCCAGGGACGUGAUUAGAUUACACCUCAGUUAACGAGAUACCGUAUUUAUUCGAGUAAGCACCCAACCACGAAUUAGCGCCCACUUGUAAUAAGCGCCCUUCCUAAAGGCAGAAAAAGUUAAUAAGCGCCCGCCUCCUCUUCCUUCAACUCAAACUCAAAUAAGCCCCCACAACCAAAACCCCCCCCCCCCCUUCCCCCUUCCACACAAAAAUGAAUAAGUACUAAUCUAAUAAGAGACUUCCUCGAAGACCAAGUUUUCUUCAGAGUAUUUUACGGGAACUUGCUUACAUCUUCGCGUUUUGUUAUUACCUUUUUUGGAUUUGCUGCAAAAUAAACAUACUACACUUGCUAAAAAUAGUGAAAAUUUAAUAAGCGCCCAGCCUCGAAUAAGCGCCCACCUCGAAUAAGCACCCAUUCUCAAGGUCCAAAAAUUUUAUAAUCGCUCAGGGCGGUUAAUCGAAUAAAUACGGUGAGUAAUUCUCUCUAUAUAAAUUCAUCACAAAUGAAGAUACCAAAGGUUUCGUAACACGAUAAACCUAUAUUUCGGCUGCAUUCAACAGCCUUCAUUAGGGUUAUAAAAGCGGUUACAAAUCCGCGUAAUACUAGCUAGUUUAGAGAUACACAACACUUGAGCACUCGUAACCAACGAACCACUAUAAGCGCGCGCGUUUAACAAUUACCUGUUACUUCUACGAUUUUAUCUACGUCUCGCCGCUUAUUUUGAAGCAAAAAAAAAUCAUCCUCAUUAAGGCCGUACGGGCUCAAAGUGUUUAGUCUAUAACUGGCCCUCCCCGUCUCUCAGUUUCUCCCCAUUACUGACUCUGUCAAUGAGCUGUAUCUGCAGCUGGAUAUCCUCCAAUCCAUGAUGUCCCUCCCCCCCGAAAUUCUUAUAGAUGAGAUCAUCCUGAUCCUACUGCACGCUAUCCAAGUUUCCAUGGCGUCUAAUACGAGUUUUAUGAUUAUUAAACCUCAUUGUAAGUUUCGUUUUUUAGUUUUUGCUACAUACUUGGAGGGCUAUAGUAGCUUUAGGUUGACUUCACUACCGGAGUCUACGCCUCCAACUUUGCAGUUACUGUUAAGUAAAACGGAGCCAGGUUUGUGGAGGUUCUGUUAGCCUACAGUUUUUCGUCCUUGUCUGAGAAGUCUAGAAUGUUUAACAGUUCGUAGACUUUUUCAGAAACAAGGGUCGCACAUUUUCGUUAAUCAUCUGAGGUCCUGAGUAUUGGUUCAGCCGCGAAUUACAGGCGCGGAUCUAGGAUAAAUACUGACCGUUUUCCAAAACGAGCGUCGAAGGCGUAAGCUUCUAGGGGGGUCCGAGGCAUGCACCCCGGUGAAUUAUUUUUUUUUCACUCCCUAAAGCCACCUGAGUCAUUCAGUCAGGAUAUUGGCCAGAUUUUAACUUGGAAAGUUUUUUUUUUCAUGAAAAAUUUAUUUAUCUGUGAAAACUCUGACCGAUUUUCGUAAAACGGUGGAAACCGGUGUGGAUCCGCGCCUGAAUUAGCAGGAUUAAUUCAAUUUUCAAAAGUUGCUCGUUUAUUUCGUGACUGCUUGACAAGGUGUUGGCAGUAGCUGUUCACGAGAGAGGAUAAAGAGGAAUCAGGAAAUAGGCACGGGGGGGUAUAUAUCCUUCCUUACCGGAAAAAAGUUCAACAAAGAAUCAUUUGUGUGCCUCUUGUCCCCCCGUAUGAGGAAAUCCACGACAUUCUUCGAUUCUAAAUACUGGAUUGCGGACAGUCUUUGUCAGUGGCACUUGGAUUCCGGAUUCCAUUCGUUGGUGGGAUUCCGGCUUCCUUGAGCCAUAGUCCGGAUUCCAAGGCCCAGUAUUCCGGAUUAAUUCCACAAUCAAAAAUUUUUCGGAUUGUGGAAUCCUUACAUGGUGCGACUAUUAAAAACACUGUAUUUCUCUCUGUCUGUUUCCUGACAGCGACUUGAACAAACUUCUUAAGCCUGACAAACAGCGAGCGAAUGAUCUCCGGCGCGAGUUUGAGAAAGGAUUUGAUGAAAUAGCAAGAAGAAUAUGGCCGAAUCUCAAAUAUGUACACGGCGUGGUUUCAGGUGAGAAAUGAUGAUUUUUACUCAAUCACGUUUGUUAAGACAAGUGAGCUGUUUCCGCUUGAAUAACAGGAAAUGUCGUUUGUUUUAUAGGAUCUUCAGAGUUAUAUGCUACCCAGCUACGAUGUCAUUACCUUAAAGGUGUUCAACUCUGCUCCACCAUCUACGGCGCGACAGAAGGUUUAAUAGGAGUCAAUCUUUGGCCAUUAGAGGACACGCCUUGUUAUUUGCUUGUUCCGCGAUCGAUGUUUUUCGAGUUCGUACCCAUUGAAAACAGCUACGAGGAACAACCCAAGGUGCGCUUAUUUUCAUUGUUAUUUUAAUUCAGAAUUACCACCAUUUUUUUGCAUUUUAACCUGGGAAUUCACUAUACACAUUUCCCCUUUACAUGUGUGUCUAUUUCUGACACAGAUGUUAAUUUAUUGAGGAAAAAUAAGGGCAGGAUCACCCUUUAUUUUCAUGAUUGGCACAAUGGAUGGAUGCCAGGAUUUGGAGGGGUAGACCUGAGUUCCAUUCCCGUGGUGUCCAACGCUCCAGUUCCUAAAAUAACUGAGGAGAAUGUGUUGCUUGCCUUGACAUCUGCAAUGGUUCAAAAUUCUACUCUUCUCUGAUAAUUAUAGGAAGAAACAUCUCAGACUCACAAAACUUCACUGAUCUGACUUUGUGGAACGUAAAAACACCUCUAGCGCCCUAUCAGUCUUUGGCCCCACUUGGCCACUUCAAUCUGCCAUGAGUUUUGGAACGGGUAGGGAGUAGAGGGCACAUUACUUAGGACCUAUAUAAGUGAAAUUUGUGUCCAUUCAUACAGUUUAGCAGCUAGCUUAUGUAAAAAGACCUUCCUCUCGAUUGCUAAUGACCCGGCCCAUCGCUUACAUAACAUUCUUCAAUCGUCAGGGCCGUCGUGUUAUAAUCUUCGGUGCAAAAAGCGUUUUGCGAUUCCCAAAUGUAAGACCGAGCUUUUCAAAAAUAGUUUUUUAGUUAGAUCAUGUAUUAAUAACGAAUUUUAGCGCUCGGUGAGUUUUGUAAACGAGACUGCGAUGACGUUGUAUAUAUUUUAACAGUUUUAAGCUUUCUUUUUUUAUAUAUUUAUAGGAUGUUAUUAUUUAUUUAGGACUUUAUCAUUAUCAUUUUAUUAUACUCACUAUUGUAAGAUUCUGUUAUAUUAUAUUAUAUAUUAUAUUGUAAAUACACAAUUCAGCUUAGUAGCUGCAAGCUUUUUACAAAUAAACUAUCUAUCUAUCUUAGCAGGUUUUUACUAAGGAAAAGCUGAAUAUCAAAAUCUGCAAAAAAAGGCGAAGCAAAAAAUAAAUAAAGAAAUAAAACAAAGCAAAGCGAAGAAAAAGAAAACAAACACGAUCAUUUUCUCUUGUAUUUUGUAGACAUUGUUCGGUGAGGAAGUCAAGGUUGGCUGCCUGUAUGAGCUCAUAGUAACAACAUUAAGCGGUCUUUAUCGAUACAGAAUUGGCGAUGUGGUGAAAGUGGUUCGUUUUCACAAUAGCUGUCCAGUGAUUACGUUUCAGUACAGACAAGGUCAGCUACUUAAUAUGCGGUCAGAGAAAACGUCUGAAGCGAUGAUCUACGAAGCCAUCACGAAGGUAACCCGAAAGAAAGGCAAGCAUCACCUCGUGGAUUACACAUGCGCAGAGAGUAUCCUGUUGGACUUUGUUCCGAACGGCCGAGCAGUCAUCAAAGAACGCCAAGCAAAGAAGCAUUUAAACCACACAGGACUUGGCAUUGGUGCCAAACCUUUUUACUUGGUUUUCUUGGAGCUGUCACCUCUGAUACGAAAUACGAAGGAUACCGAGGCACUUGAACAGGAGGUAGGCUUCUAAAAAUGUGAAUACCUUAGCCUCGUCUUUGGGCCAGUUAACGCUGUGCGAGUGGAUUAGCAUUAGAUCCCAUCGGCCUAAAACCGUUGGACACCUUAUGAAUAUUUUACACAACGUAGUAUUCCUUAUCUCUUCGGUUCCCUUUGUACUGUAGUUAUAUUGUGUAGAAGCCAUAAGGUAUACUUAGUUAGGUUGUGUAAACUUCAUAAGGUGUCCAAGGGGUUUUAGGUCUAGGCCGAUGAGAUGCAAUGCUAAUGGUGCGAGUGAGGGCCAACGGGAUUAUAUUACCCAGUCUCAGGCCAAAGUCUCCAGAGAAGCUUGACGGAUGACGACACAUCCGAACCUGCCUUGGACGACGGGGAACGAAACUGAAUACCGUAACUAGAAAUAGGUGUCUCGCACGGGAAGGAUCGAUGUACAGAACUGAAACAAGCAUUCGAUCAAUCGAGGCGGAAAGCACCAUGACAAAAUUGCUGGCACCAACGGAUAUGAAAAUAUAACAAUAUAUAUGGGCCACCUGAGUUUGAGGGCAGAUAGGAUUGACGAACAAUCCACGCCCUGCCCGCGCGACCAUUAAAAUACCUCGGGUUUGCGAGGAAUUUCUUGUUUUUCCUCGUUUAAAUGGUCCUAUUGAAGCUCUUAUGAAUCUAAGCCGAAAAACGUUUUAUUUUUUUCUUAGUUGGACGAAGCUCUGUGUGAAAUAAACCCAUAUUAUUUAACCCGACGGGAGAAUGGUGGCUUCAUCGGGAGACUCAGGGUGUGUUUGGUUAAACCUGGUACGUUCCAAAAGUUUCAAGAAUUUCUUCUCCAAGUCACGCCUACUGCGGUCAAUCAGCUGAAGAUUCCAAGAAAAUUAACAUCGAAAGAACAGCUAAUAUUCUUUAUCAACCAACUUGGUCUGAAAAGGACGAGUGCAUGA